GGCUAUGAGGGUCUGAGAAGAGAAUGCAAGCAACAGACUGAAGGGGGUAAUUUUCUAACUAGCAACUCCCCCAUCUUCCUCAGAGUUAUCAAUAUAUUCUUCUCCAUCUAAUUGUCCCAUUGUGAUGUGAAGAUUAAGGAUUAAGAGCAUCUGGACAAACAGAGGUUGUCAUUAAGCAGUUCUACCGUAAUAACCUUUGACCCCUCUCCCAAGCACCUGACAGACCUUACUACUUUUGUGAGGGUGUAUUUGGGAUCCAAUCACCCUUUCCAGGGGUUAGGUGACACUGAGAUCAGACUGUGCCUCCUCCUCUCAUCUUUGGCUCCUCCUAGAGUCGAGGGAUGUGGAGGUCCGGAGGUCCAGCAGCCCUCCUCUACUUGCUUCUAGUUUUUCAAUGCCCAUCAGGACGAACUCAAUCAGUUCUGACAGAUGAUGAGAUUGAAGAGUUCUUGCAGGGGUUUCUCAAAGAGCUGACCACUGAGGAGGAAGAGGAAGACAAGGGGGAGCCCCAAGGGGAGGUUGAGGAGGAGGAAGAAUUGGCAGUUGACACCAGGACUGAAAGGGAGGAAGAGGAAGAUACACUGGUGAGGAGACCAGACAAGGCAAAGAAAAAUCAAGAGAGAGAACCACCAGGGAAGGCAAAAGAAAAACCAAAAAAAGAAAAAAAGGAAAAAGCCAUCAAACCAACCAAAAAACCUAAAGAAAAGAAGCCCCCUAAGAAAGAAAAAUCUCCUAAACCCACAAAGAAGCCCAAAGAGAAGAAACCAAAACCCACCAAGAAACCGAAGGAGAAGCCUCCUAAACCCACCAAGAAGACAGCUGGCAAAAAGCAGGAGAAGCGUCCAGACAGAACAGAAGAUGAGGAAACGUACAAAACUCCCAAAAUUACAGAAGGGGGUGAAGAAAGAUACAGGAGACCGGGAAUUACAGAUGAAGAUGAGGGGACAUAUAAGAUACCUGACAUUACGACGGAGGAAGAGGACAGGUAUGGGAAACCCCAAAUCACAGUGGAUGAGUGGGAAAGAGCUGGGAGGCCAGAAGUUACUAAAGAAGAGGAAGACAGAGAAAGAGAAAUAACACUAGAAGAGGAAGAAAGAUACCGAAGACCCUCUGUUGACAAGGAAGAAGAUGAUAGGUACUGGAGACCCACAAUUACUGAGGAAGAAGAGGAGAGAUAUAGAAAACCCCAGACCACAGAAGAGGAGGAGGAGAGGUAUAGAAGACCUGAAAUAACAGAACAAGAUAGGUACCAAAGACCUAAAGUAACUAAAGAAGGCACGUGGACACAUGGCGAGGAGUGGGAAGAAGAACGACCACUACAACCACCGCCUGAGCCAGAGGAGCCCGAUAGAGAAGAUAGGAGACCACAGCCUGGUCCAGAUGAAGAACCACCCACAGAGGAUUAUAAUGAACGGCUGGAAAGAGAGGACUAUGAUGAUUAUGGACAAACCAGGCGUCAGAAGAAACCACCACGGGUUCCAGAUCGUGGAAGACCUGAGCGUCCAGUCAUUCCUGAGAGACCUCAGCCCAAAUUACCAGUAAAGCCACCAACAAGGCCGCCUGACUACCCAGAUCUUAAAUUUAUAGAAAAUUACGAUGACUAUGAUUACAUGAUCCACCUGAGACCACCUGGCAAACCCACAGACGAAGAGGGGGAAACAGAAAAAUCUCAAAACGAACGAGAGAGGGAGGAGCUAGAGAAAGAAAGAGAAAGAAAAGAAAAAAAGAAACAACCAGACACAUGGGACUCGGAAGAGGUGGAGGAAACACCAAAGGAAAGGAAGAAGUGUCCCCCAAUUGGUCUGGAGUCCCAUCGGAUAGAGGAUGAUCAGAUUCUUGCCUCCUCUAUGCUACGCCAUGGGCUCCACGCACAACGAGGGAGACUCAACAUGCAGUCAGGUGCAAAUGAGGAUGAUUUCUUUGAUGGGGCUUGGUGUGCUGAGGAUGACGGCCGGGCACAGUGGUUAGAGGUGGACACAAGGAGGAAUACAUUAUUCACUGGAGUAAUAACUCAAGGACGUGACUCACUGAUACUUGAUGACUUUGUGACGUCAUUCCAUGUGGGGUUCAGUAAUGACAGCCAGAAAUGGGUCUUGUACAGCAAUGGAUAUGAAGAGAUGCUAUUUUACGCCAACGUGGAUAAAGACACACCAGUGCAGACAGAUUUCCCAGAGCCUGUGGUAGCAAGAUUUAUCCGUAUUUACCCACAGAACUGGAACGGCAGUCUGUGCAUGCGGUUGGAGGUGCUGGGAUGUCCUGUUUCCAAUGUAGUGAGUUAUUACAGUCAGAAUGAAGUGAUAACUUCUUCAGAUAAUUUGGAUUUUAGACAUCACAGCUAUAAAGACAUGAGACAGCUCAUGAAAGUUGUAAAUGAAGAGUGUCCGACCAUUACUAGAAUUUACAAUGUGGGAAAGACACCAAAAGGAUUGAAGAUUUAUGCCAUGGAGAUUUCCGACAACCCAGGAGAGCAUGAGAUAGGAGAACCAGAGUUCCGGUACACAGCAGGCCUUCAUGGUAAUGAGGUUCUAGGUCGGGAGCUAUUACUUUUUCUCAUGCAGUUCAUGUGUAGAGAAUUCCGAGACGGGAACCCUCGUGUCUCACACCUUGUACAUGAGACAAGAAUUCAUAUUGUGCCAUCUCUAAACCCUGAUGGGUAUGAGAUUGCCAGUCAAAUGGGUUCAGAGUUGGGGAAUUGGGCUCUUGGACAUUGGACGGAAGAAGGCUAUGAUAUUUUCACUAAUUUCCCAGACUUGAACACAGGACUAUGGGCAGCCGAGGAAAGGAAAAUGGUCCCUCAUCGUGUGCCAAACCAUCACUUACCGAUUCCGGAGAGCUUCCUGGAAGAAGAUGCAACAGUCGCUGUGGAGACAAAGGCAAUAAUGGCCUGGAUGGACAAAAUUCCCUUUGUGCUUGGAGCAAACUUUCAAGGAGGAGAGAAGCUAGUCUCUUACCCAUAUGACAUGGCAAAGAAAGCAAAGGAGGAGGAACCACAGCAAAGACCCCGUCACCAUCAGUACCAAGAGGAAGAGGAGGAGGAAGAUGAGGUUGCGGAAGUUGGAGGAGAAGAGGAGGAAGGGCUAUCCAAGACUUCUGAUCAUGCAAUAUUCCGAUGGCUUGCCAUCUCCUAUGCCUCUGCUCACCUUACCAUGGGGGAGACAUUCCGUGGAAGCUGCCAUGCUGAUGAUUACACCAAGGGAAUGGGCAUCGUUAAUGGAGCUAAAUGGAGACCAAUGUCUGGAACUAUGAACGACUUUAGUUACCUGCAUACUAAUUGUCUGGAGUUGUCCAUCUAUCUGGGGUGUGAUAAAUUCCCUCAUGAAAAUGAACUGGCUGAGGAGUGGGAAAACAACAAGGAUGCUUUGCUGACCUUUAUAGAGCAGGUACAUCGAGGUAUUAAAGGCACUGUGACAGACAGACAAGGAGAGCCCAUACCUAAUGCCACAAUCUCAGUGGCUGAGAUAAACCAUGAUGUCAUGACAGCAAGUGGUGGGGACUACUGGCGUAUUCUUAAUCCUGGGGAAUACAGAGUAACUGCACGGGCAGAAGGCUACACACAAAGUACCAAGGUGUGCAAUGUUGGAUAUGAAAUGGGGGCAACCUACUGUAACUUUGUCUUGCCACGAUCUAACUGGAAGAGGAUUAAGGAGAUCAUUGCCAUGAAGGGUAACGGCCCCAUUCGUUUUGUACGUCCUGGGGGCCGACGGCUCUCUCCAAUUGCUCGUCAGCGUAUGGAGAGGCGUCGUUUGUUGAUGAGACGUAGAGGCAACCUCACUACAACCUUGCCACCAACCACUACACCAUUUAUUCCCACUACUACCAUGCCUCCCCCUGACACUGCCACUACAAUGGCUCCUCGCCGACUGGAGCCACCAACUUCUAUUGAGCCUUUAUGGGACACAGAGACUGAAACCUACACAGAGAUUGUAACUGAAACAGAAACAUGGGAGGAAGACGUCAGCACACCUGCUGCCCCAUUCACAACUGCAGAGACUUAUACAGUAAAUUUUGGGGAUUUCUAAGCAGGAAAGUUAAAUAUGAAUGAUUAAAUGUAAGUGAGCUGGAAGAGACACAGCCUAUGAUGAAGAAUAUCCACUCUUUUAUAUAGUGCUCUCAUUUACCCUUCUUUCCAACUUGUAGUGUUUCAUGAGCAUAGCUAGGUUUAAAUAGCUAAAUGUAACAUCUAAACACAUGAGAGUCCAAUAAGGAAUAUUAUUGAGGGAGUCCUAUUGCUUGCAAAACCUCCAAAUGGGUUCAAACACAUUUUGGGUAGCUGUGAAAGUUGAACAAGUAAUACCAACUAUUCUGGACCUAAAACCCAUGCAAGGACCUUCUGGGUAACAGCAAUGCUAGCUACAUGCCUUAUUGCAAAAGCCUGUACAGGUCUACUAAUAAAAAACGGUUUCUACAAA